UGUGAGAUGCUGCCCUUCGAGCACAUGGUGCCCUUCAGCCUGGUUUCUGUUGUGAGACUCAUUCGGUGUUUGGAUCUUGUUCUGAAUUCUCUGAGGUUUUGGUCAUGAAAUCUUCUCGUGAUUGUUGAUAAGGAAACAUGUACGCCUACAUCCUGGAGAGCUUUCUUGACUUUUAUAUAUAUACAUUUAUAUAUCCUACUUAUCUGUAAUUGUAAACAGUAUAUUACAACAUAUUUCCCUUACUCACACACCCCUAAAGUGGACCGUACCAUUUCUUAACCUUGAUGUUAGUUGAAUGUCUUGUCUGUCUGCCUCACUCCAGCAGUGGCUCUUGCCCUCAAAUCUCUGCUCCUUGUUGUGCAGACACUGUGGGCUUACACUUUCUUACCUUCUGAGUUUCUGAAUUAGAUUCUGUCAAGUAUCUAUGGAUGAACGCUAAUUCGUUAGCUAGUUUCUAAUUUUUGCCUUAAGUUACAGUUUAGCUAACAAAUGUUAGCUAGAUGAUAGCGUGCCUUUCAUUUCUAGUGCUGACUUGUCAUUUAAUUAUCAAUAUAAAAUGUCAUAUAUUAUCUAAUUUUAACAAACACUGGUGCUCAGUCAGUGAGACAAUGGAUGAUUAGUUGUAGUACAUAUUUUGACAUGCACAUAUUGAUUAUUGUUUCAUUUUAAUAGUCUUUUGUAUGGUUGUGGUGGUGUAGUUAGUCUUUUCCCUUUUUGGCUGGACCACAACGGCAGGGGCCAGCCCUAUAAUGACAAAUGUCACUGACUGACUGACUGAGUGAGUGAUCAUAUUUCCACCAUUGGCCAAAUGCCACAUGAGCGGAAAUAUUGUACUUUCUACUCCACUACAUUUAUUUGAGAGCUUUAGUUAAACAAGUAAGAAACUGUAAGGACUGUAACACUGUAACACUUUCUUGUGUCUGCAUUCACCACUUUUAUCCAGGCUGAAAUAUCUCUAAUAACGAUUGGAUGGAUUGAUCUGAUGAUGGAGCUAGAAUUUUUUUCUUUUCUUUUCUUUUUAACCUAUGAUUUUGGGAUAUUAAUAAAAUUGACUUGACUUGUGUGACACACCAUAGGAGGAUGAACAUGGUAAACAUUACCUACACUAACAUUGGCAUGUUGGCAUUUUUACUGAGCAUGUUGGCAGGCUAACAUUAGCAUUUAGCUCAAAGAUUUUCAAAUGUUUUGUGAAAAAAACUAAAAUUGUAUGAGGCUUCAUCAUACCUGAGUCCAUACUGUACGUACCCACUGUAGGUCUAUAGGCUAAUAUGUAGCCAUGUUUUCAUAUGACUUAAGAACAUAGGAUAAUUAAAUCAUAUAUCAUAGUAUUUUAAUGUUUAGUAUAAAGAUAUAUAUUUCACAACAUAUUCAAAUAAUACAUAGCAAUACAUACAGUAGUAUAUUAAAAAACAAGCCUACCAUGACCUAGGCCUGUUGUUUAUAAUGUGUGAAAAAAAAAAUUCCACAUAUGAUGUGAACAUAUGGGUUCUGUAUUCUAUUAGUUAUGCUAUGAGCUAUAUGUUCAUAGGACACAAGUGACUACAGACAAGGGGAGAAAAUAGAUGGGUUUAAAUGUGUGUGGAGCCAGGUUUUUUUGUUUGUUUACAGACUGACACUUUACGCCCCUGCAGCCCUGAGGGUGUCCUGUCUCUCUGCGUCUCUCUGCCUCCAUCAGGACGCAGAGCUCCGCCUCGGAUGCUGCUGCUGCUGCUAUUCAUCUGAUUACCGCGAUACAAGAGCUGCGUCUCCUUAAAGCGACACUGGGGCUUAAUUAAUUAGACCACCGGAGAGAGAGGAGGAGAGAGAUGCCGAGGAUGCAGAUGAAGAGUGGGAACAGCAUCCGGCAGCCGCCUCUGUCUACUCCGCCUCGUUUCACCGGCUUGCGGUUAUGAAACCGGCUGCAAUCUGAUCCUGCAUGCCUGCAGAAAAACCUCCAAGAUCCCCCCACCCUCUUCCGUCCUCCGCUCUCCAUCCCCGGAUACAUGGACUGUCCAUGCGUCACACUCGUUCUUCCUGCGUCUUUUCUUCCGCCGCCGCGUCGUUACCUCCUUGCCUCACGUUCAGGUUGUUAAAUUCUGCUACAAACCGCGACCUCCUGCUCUUCACUCUUGCUCCACACGUGGACUCUGUAGCCUUCAUGAACUCUGUGGAAAGCGUCAGUAAAUCAGCGGUUGACGCGUCCUUUUUCGCCUUUCCGGCCUUUUGCAUUUCUGCCGCCGAUGCGUUACCGCUGCCGCGCAACCUCCCAUUCAGUCGAUGAAACUCGCCAUAAGAUAACGCUGCACCCGCGCGACACCGCAUCUACGUUUCCUCUAUACAUGGACUCUGCGUGAAGCACGCGUCGUCUCUGCGUCUCCGCCCUCGCUUUGCCGCUGAUGCGGUGCGCCUGGGUGUUCGCUGUCUCCUCGUCCUGGCCGGUCAGUGAUCCUCUGGUCCGGGGGGGCUGCUUCCCGCAGAGAGGCAUUAUGGUGCGGAUCGCCAGUGCGCUGGGGCUUGUCAUGUUCAGCGUGGCGCUGCUCAUCCUGUCGCUCAUCAGCUACGUGUCCAUCAAAAAGGACUUCCUGCUCAGCACCCCCAGAUACGGACCUAAUGGAGGACCCAGGAUGUACAUGUUUCACGCGGGGUUUCGCGAGAGGCCGCCUCGCAAACCAGACCUGAGCUCCCAGCUGGCGAUGAAAUAUUUGGAUCCAGCUUUCACCCCUCUGACCAAUGCUCUCAGCGAGGACCUGCAGAACUCCUCUAAGUGGAGGUACAACAGCACUGCUUUUAUGCAGCAGAGGAACGAAAUCUCUCAGUACAUCGACAUCCCGCACAACUUCACACUGACACGAGGCUCAGUCCGAAACGGACAGCUAAUGCAUUACGACUACUCCAGCCACAAGUACGUCUUCUCCAUCGGCGAGAACUUCCGCUCGCUCCUGCCUGAGGCGUCGCCGAUUCUUAACAAACAUUACAAUGUCUGCGCUGUGGUCGGCAACAGCGGCAUCCUCACCGGCUCGCGCUGCGGACCCCAGAUCGAGAAGUUCGACUUCGUCUUCCGCUGCAACUUUGCACCGACCGAGAUCUUCAAGAAGGACGUUGGGCGACGGACCAACAUGACAACCUUUAACCCUAGUAUCCUGGAGAAAUACUACAACAAUUUACUGACUGUACAGGACAGGAACAACUUCUUUCUGAGCCUGAAGAAGCUGGACGGUGCCAUCCUGUGGAUCCCGGCGUUUUUCUUCCACACAUCGGCCACGGUGACGAGAACACUGGUCGACUUCUUCGUGGAGCAUCGAGGUCAGCUGAAGGUCCAGCUGGCCUGGCCUGGAAACAUCAUGCAAUACAUCAACAACUACUGGAAAACCAAGCAGCUGUCGCCAAAGCGCCUGAGCACCGGCAUCCUGAUGUACACGCUGGCGUCGUCCAUGUGUGACCAGAUCCACCUGUAUGGCUUCUGGCCCUUCGGCUGGGACCCCAACACGGGUAAGGAGCUGCCGUACCAUUACUACGACAAGAAGGGCACCAAGUUCACCACCAAAUGGCAGGAGUCCCAUCAGCUGCCCGCAGAGUUCAGACUCCUCUACAAGAUGCAUAUGGAGGGACUGCUGAAGCUCUCCCUGUCCCACUGCGCUUAGGGCUAAAACUGCAGCAGUUCCUUUGAACUCCUCUCCGAUGCUUCCACGGGCCAGAGUUGUCAAAGUGACAAGACGGAAAAGGACGAGAUUCAAGUGAUUUUGUCAGAAGCAAAAUCUUGGCUCUACGCCUGAGUUGGUGCAAUGGGUCCUUAAACUGUGUUCAGCCUAAAGCCCAUAAUCCUGCACUCAAGAUGAAAAAAGGUGCAUUUAUUUUUUACUGCUCUAGAACCUAAAGUCGAGCAGGAUUUCAGUUGUUUUGUUUUGUUUUUUUGUGGAAAAGCCUGCUGCAGCUGAACUUCCAGGCGGCGUUGCUCUUCAGCAGAAUAUCACAGGCUCGUAUUACUUAAUGGUGUUUUUAUCACUCAUCACUCUUGGCACCACAGCUGCGAAUCAGCAGAUUGACCAUUUAAAACCAAGGCUGGGACCAACAUUAGCACUGCAUUAAAAAAAUAAAUAAAUAAAUAAAAAAGGCAGAUCCUUCUGAUCGAUUCAAAUGAAACCGCCAUCAUUCUGCCUCACCAUGUUGUUAAGCAUUGAGGGCUCCGUCCUGCUGGGGGUCAAUGACAUGAGCACAGUGUACAAGUUAUCACAAUGGGCAAAGAAGGCAAAAAUAUCAGUUCUUUUCUUCGUGUUGGGACAUUGUUAGGACGUUCCCACCGCUGCGUAUCUGUUGGGUCGGGCCUUUAUUGAGCUGAUGUAAUGUAGUCUGAUCCUGGUACUAGUCGUGUUGUUCUGUAGUCUGAAAACAACAGUGAUACUGGCCUCUGGACUUUGAUGUCAGUGCAGGACAGCUAACACGUGGUACCAGUGUGUCAUCUUCACUUGGACCCGACAUUCGGACCCACCAGGAACAAUCUUGCACUUACACUUUUUUGUUUUAUAAAUAAUUCUUUAGCAGCUGAGGUGAACAGGACAGUAUCAGUGUUUCCAGCCGGCAACAACAAGGGAGGCCACACACAGAUAUAUCAUUCAGAAUUCAUUUAUUCAACUCAAAUUUACCAAAAUGAUAGCUAAAUGGUGUGGUGUGAAAGUAAGAGAGAUAUCAUUGUCUGAAGUGUAUGGAUGAGUGAGGAUGAGUGUGAUGCAUGUUGGACACAGACAGGAAGGCUGUAGGAGGAUGCAGCAGGCCAGGCUGAGAGAGAAAGCCUGAGGAGGGCUGUUCCUUCCCUUAUGUCUUCUGGAAGCCCCGCCCACCUGGGCAGGUAGAGCAGACCACCCUCCCACCUCCACCUACCAUCCGACUCCCAGCAUCUGCAGAAGUAGCACAACAAACCACGCUGGCAGGCAGAGGGGCAGGGGUUGUCACACCGGUGGUACACUUUAAAUCAAGUACAUUUAAAAUGUAGGCAGUUGGCGGACGCUCUUAUAUAAGAACAUACAUAAAUGUAAAAUUUAAAUAAGAUAACCAUAGAUUAGCCAGGUGCACAGUAAUGUAGUCACUUUGUUACCCAGAUUUCAGUACAUUUAUUUGCGAAGCUGCAUUCACUGAAUUUUGGGGGACUUCAGAACAAGUUGAAAAAGCAACACUGACAUAUCACCUGACAAAGUUGUUUCAGCUAACAUGCAAACAAGCUGCCUAUUAACACAUCCAGCAGACACAGAGCAACAUUAUUAUCAUUUGAGUUGUGUUUGUAUCCACCGGAUGAAUCUAAGUCCAAAAUACAAUCUUUUUAGCUCUGGUUUGGUCUCCACCAGCUCCCAAGAAAAAUAUCUGGCUUCUACAGCACUGCUUAAGAAUGAAUUAAAGUAUAAACUCUUAGAGCUACGGCUGUUUAACACCUUUAGCUGUUUGCUGUGGCCCCUGUUACUGUUACAAGACUUAAACCGUAAACAGCUUAGACUGAAUACCGAGUCAGGCUGUGUGUCCACAACACAUCUGUAACAGCCACAGAAGCACAGAGGUUGACGCUGAAAACAAGGUAUAAAGGUAGAGCUGUCUUCUGACCUGGUUAAAUGCAGCUGUACAUACGGUGGCGUUACCACGACAGCGAAUCUGAGGAGUUGAGUAAGACAGUUGAGGCACCAGGAAUGAACGCAUCAACAGCAAGUCUACAAUAUAGUUUAGAAUUAGGCUUUGUGAAUUGUACAGAAGCUGAGAAAGGCCAUACUCGCAAAUGUAAUAACAGAGAUAAUGGCAUUAUCUUUAUCUAGAAUAAUUAUCCUGUUAUCUCGAGAUAACGAGAUAAGAUAUAGAUAAGGAGAUAAUUAUAAGGAGAUUACUGUCUCUUCAGCUCGAGAUAAUGGUGUUAUCUCAAGAUGAAAUAAUUAUUCCGUUAUCUCGAGAUCAUGAAAUAAUUAUCCUGUGAUCUCGAGAUAACGGAAUAAUUAUCUCCUUAUCUUUAGGUAACGGGAUAUAAAGGUUUUUUGCGAGUAUGGCCUUUCUUGGCUUCCAUAGAAUUGUGUUCAAAAAAACAUAUGAGGAAGGUUCACUUUGUAAUUUCUUCCCCUAUAUUUUUGUGUGUUUUAAAGAAACAUCAGGAUUAAAGUAGAUUCAUAGUCCCGCAGCAUGAAUCGCCACUUUAGCCAGGUGGCUCCAUUCAUACCCAGGUAUUCUGUAGCUUUGCUGCUGCUGCUGGAGGGUGUCAAUGAGGGCUUAGAUUUUGAUCUGAACACUGGGAGGCAGGUGCAUUUGAUCCAUUAGCAAUGAUAGUAAAUAAAGAUAUGUAGUGGACACAAAUCCUUCAAUUUGUCUCUCACCUGUAGACUCAGGCAGUAAAUUAUAAUCCUGAUUGGUUUAUUGUUUUGGAUAUUUGGAUCAAUAUUACUUUCUUGGUGUCACAUUUCAUAUUAGCAUGUCAAUUUUAUAAGAAAUAGAUUGUUAGAGUUAAUGAGAAGAAUGUAAACCAGUAUUAGUUUUUAAAUUAUUUUGUAAAUCCUUAAAUUGAAUAAAUGAGUGACUACAAGGGCCACAGAUGAAGAGCACAGAUAAGCUCUCGCACUGAAGCUCAGUGACGUCCCUCACUUGUAAGUCGCUUUUGAUAAAAGCGUCUGCCAAAUGAAUAAAUGUAAAUGAUUGUUGCUGCUGGAUCGUGACUCUACAAGGACACAGUGAGAGGAGACAAACUCCAGUCACCUGCACAAAAGUUGGAUACGUUACACCCCCCCCUUCCAUCAACCGAUCCUUGACACCCUUACUUUCCACCACACUACUUCCUGUAUUGGCACUGAACGCUGGCGUUGGGUGGAAACAAAGCUUUGCUAAUUUUUUUCAUUAUGAACAGAAAACGUAGAGAUACUGAGCUGGAAUUUAAAACCCACAGGAUGCUACAAAGUGGGAGUCUACAUCUAAUGAUGAAAGACUACCUGUACUUCCCUCUUUGCUGGCUCAUUCAUGUGAUGAUGUGAUCAUUUCCAAUGUGUCCGACAUGAAGUAAGAGGAAUAAUUAGAAGAAGAAAGCAACGUUAACCAUGAAUUCCACAUUGUACAUAUUAGGUGAAAACCAUAUUUUUUAACAUAAUUACAGGUUUUCUUUCAUUUGAAUGGCAAAAAUCCAAUUUAGUGACAAAGAUUUUGGCCCUCUUGGCAUCCCAUAGUGGUGUGCAUUUGUAUACUCAGGUUUUUGUGAAUGGGUGCAGUUGUACAAAGUACAUAUAUUGUUGCUUCUGUGUGUGUUUUGUGGUAUGCUAAUAUUUUGCAGAUCCAUCUAGUACUUGCCAUUGGUAAUUAAUUAAUGAUUCUGAUUAAAAAAACUCAGUAAUAUUUGGUUUCCGUUGGUUUUAACCUUGGACUUGAUCCAUAUUUCCCUCAUAUUCUGAAAUAUCCAGAUUGUUCCACACACUGUAAUCAGCAAUUUGCAUUUCUUGCAGAACCACAAAUAUACAGUAUAAACUUAACAGAGGCAGGUGGCCUGGUCAUCAAGAGGGUUCUUCAACAAGGGUACAAAAGUACUGCGAGUAAGAAUAAGAAUAAGAAUUAACAAUACUAAUCAUAAUAAUCAAUCAUAGGGGUCACGGAUCAGGUGCAUGAUCCCUGAAUCAGGUAGAGACUGAUUUUGUUGUUUAACAGGAACAGGAGGGCUUUUGUCCAACUACCCCCCCCCCCCCCCCCCCCCCCCUUUACACCACCCAGCCUUUAUAGAAAAGCAAAGGGGCAUAUUCCACAUGUGAAACAGCAUUUUACAUGCACAUACAGGCACAUGUGGUCUCCAGGCAUAUCAAAUAUGAAUGAUCAAAUUCAACAUGCUUUUUUUUUUUUUUGCAAGGCAGUGACUCCUUUUUUUCUCCAUGCGUUUUCAUAUUUGCUGCAGUGUGUCAUUGAGACGACAGAGACGAGAGAAACUGGAACUAUUUUUGUAAUCUGCAGCAGAAUCUCAGCUGCUGUUUUUGCCUCUAAUUUGUUUGUUUAUUUUUUUAGUUUCCUACUGUUUCGUUUCCAAAAUGAGAUGUCUGUGACUUGAAAUGUGAUAUUUUCAGGACUUUGACGAAACGAUUGUUGGCAUGAUGGUUAAAUUCACCAUUUAAACAGAAUAGUGAUGAUGUUAUUUUCUGACCUGAGCACAUUACAAACUCGUUAAAGUUAAUAAGAUGCAUUUUUUUUUCUUUGUUUUUCACCUUCUUUUUUUUUUAAUAUACAAUCUCAGUAAGCAUCAGGUGAUGUUUUUCAAGAAUGUAUUUUUUGCAUCUUGAAUGAAACUCAUAUUAAUGACGCUGGUUAGAUCCAUAUCAAUAUGUCUUUAGAGUUCACUCUAUGAAAAUAAUAUGUACUAAAAACCACAUUUAGAUAUCAUCCACAAUAAGCUGUACAUUAACAAAUAUCUUUUAGUCAUCCGAUACUUGAAAUAAAAUAUAUCUACUCUGUAUUUAUUUCAUCAUUGAGUCAUUAAAAUGAAUGAAAUAAUCAAUUU